AUGCUUACGGAAUUAUUCAUGUUCUCGACCGGCAAAUACCUGCCAAGUGAGUGUAAUGAAUUGAUGGCUCUGAAGAAAAUUAUGAUGUGUUGUGUAACAUACUUCUCGCUGGCGGACGAUAGGUCGAAGUCGUUAUGGUCCGGGUACCAGGAUGCUUGCAGUUUUGUGGAGGACGCCCACCGGUGCAUUCUAAAUGCCGAGCACAAAAUGAAUUGCAUCAACCAUCAACUGUUCGAGCACGCUCAGAAAUUCGUCAAACAUGCUACACAGAACAAGCGGGAGAGCUGCAAGUUCAACAUAACCUCUAUGAGCAUCCAAGCAAUGGGACCCAACCUGCGAAGCAACUGCCAACACUCCACUGUAUUGAAACGGGCGCUCACGUGCGCACUUCAGUUCCAAAAUAUCGCUGAAGAAGGCAUUAACGGGACCAUGCUAUGCGGGCACGCCGUGCGACUUCAUAACUGUCUCAAAACUUCGGUGGACGGCACGAAGUGUCUUGCAGAUCUUUCUAUCCGCGCUCAGUUGAAGCUGUACAGGAAAGUCCUUGAAGACCAGUACAAAGUUCGGUGCGACGCACCGAGUUCUCACUCGGUUGGCGAACCGGUAUCGGCCAGAUCCAGAGAGAAGGGUCAACUCGUACGAAACAGGAAUGCAAUGAAGAGACUCAAAUCAAGCGCUCUGAGGCGUUACCUGGGCAAGAAUACCCACAUGUCCAAACAGGUCGCGACCCACAUUGGCUCCUACGAUGACGACGAAGACUAUGAGCUGAUUUCCAAGAGGCAGAAGCCCAUGUUCGCGAGUCCGAGUGGAAAGUUGGUCGAAGAGCCCGACGGGUUUCGCGAAGACGACAGCUACGACAUCCUGAAGCCCGAUAACUACCAGUACCGCGACAUGAGCCGCAGAAACCAAAGGGAGCUGGAAGACUACGAGGACUUCGCGGAUCUGGAACCAGACAUGCGCCCGAGGGCGGGUCGGAAGCAGCGGCGCCGUCACCGAAAGCUCAGGAGCAAAGAUGCGUUGGGCCGAGCAGACGUGAACAAGCUUGUCGGAAAACCUCAAGGUGCCGGUCGCACAGACAGGGAGGCGAGGCGCGCCAAGCGGGAAAAGCGGCGCAAGUUGGCCUACGAGGAUGAGUACUUUUUUGAUAACGAACCCGAUGAAGAGUCGGUGCUCUCGGCACUCCCGGAUAACAUGGCCAUGUUCCAGCAUAUCAGGCACAGGCCGGAGCUCAACGUGGAGCGCUUACUCGGAGGAAACGUCUCCGCGGCUACUUCGGCAUCCGCGGCUCCUAGAGCCAAAGCGGCUUUCCAAAAGGGCCCGUCCUGUAACGGUGCGGAUCUUCAGGGAGAGGUCAACAAAUGCAACGUAACGCUUACGAAGCUGAUCGCUUUGUGGCCAAAAACACUGACCAAAGAAAGUGCACCCUUCAGCAAGGAGGUUUACGCAAAUACUAUCUGCAGUGACGUGAGAAGCUACAAUGCCUGCUUGACGUUCGCAAUGCAAGCAACCGGAUGUGGUGAUCGGCUGCCGACACUGCGAGGGAUCAUGCAGGAACAGGAGCGCGUUCUCGGACUCGGUAUUUGCAGGAGUGGCUCGCAGCUGAGCUACUCCACGUGUACAUUGUUUUCCAUGGUGCUCGCGCUUCUGACUGUUGCCUUUGGAAGGAAGUGA